ACUAAACAAAAGAGUGUUGCGUCAAAUGUAACGUAAGCAAUGUAUUGAUUUUUGUAUUUUCGCGGAAAAUGUCUGGCCUAAUCAAUUGUAUUAAAAAUAAACAUAGGAUAGUCGUAGAAUUAAAUUAGGACAUGAUUAGCUACAGUUAGACGCAAUGAAAUAAUAGCAAGUGAUCCUUUUUUAUCCAAAGUGAUUGUAUUUAAAAUAUAAAUAAAAUGUCUCAUAUUUUUAAGUUAAUAUUUACAAUAGCUCUUAUAGAGCAAUGUUUUGUUUAUAAUACAAACGCUCUACAGCAAAAUAGGACGUUCCACCAUGUACGUCGAUCAAGUAUGGACGAUAGUUUUUUCAAGAACCAGAAACCGCCGUCUUACCGAUCGUUCCAGCCAGUCUCAAUUAAAUAUCGAAAAUCAUAUCCAAGGGAAGAUCGCACGGACUACGACAUUACCUCUUACGACUCCGAAUAUGGCGGAGUAGUAUCUAACUUUACGUCUUCCAUUUACGACGACAAUCCUCCGUUAUAUCCAAAUCCUGAAAUCUUAUCCAGAAGCAAUCAAGGCAAAUCGGUGGACACCCGAGCAAUGGACUCGGAGGUGGACUUACCAGAUGACUCCCUGGCCGAUGCGGAUCUCAAGGAGCAUAAUAUCAUAGACAGUGUUACAUACCUGUACGGCUUCAACAACUGCCAUGGCGUAAGAAACGAAUGGAGAAUACUGAUAUUCGUCACUAGCGGUAUCGCUGUUCUGAUGUUAGCUGCCACUGUGAUGUGGCUGCUAUGGAGUGAAUACGCAGCUGAAUUUAGAAAGAGCAGCAAGCUGUACCCAAUCAACAUUAACCUGUGCUGCUGUCUAGCGGCGUGUACGCUUAUCUAUAUACAAGCAGUCAUGGGUGUUUCAUCGCCAUCUCAAUGUGAGCGCAUCGCCCUCCUCCUCCACUACACGCACGUGUCUUGCGCGAUGUGGAUCGUGGCGCUUGCCGCUGCCGUGGCUGAGUACUGCGUCUGCGACACACUGCUGCCGCUUAAGUAUAUCUAUUUGCUGGCGUAUGGAGUCCCGGCGAUUGUGGUUAUGUUCAACUACGCUCUAUCGAUGGAACACUACGAAAUAAAGCACUAUUGUUGGAUGUCGAUAGAAAAAGGGAUGGUCAUGGGAUUCAUGGUUCCAGCUAUGAUUCUAAUCCUGAUCAAUACUGGCAUUAUUAUAAUUGGACUGCAAAGCGUCAAUAGGAAGCAAGCCGAAAUGCUGACAGCCAAGAUUCAGGAAUUAGUAGACCAUCACCUAGCGAACUGGCCUAAGGACGAGCAAAGGAACAGUACCGGAAGUAUCGAUACUUUAGAUAACAUAUACAGCCCUAGCAGUAGCCGGAAGAAUACAGACACUUCGGAUAAAGAUUACAAUAUGAGUGAGGAUGAUUGCCAGUAUAAUGUUAAUCUGGGGAAUUCUAACGGAGAGUUAGAUUUAGACGGUGAGAAUCAGCCUCCAUACAUAAAAGCCUUACAAGACAGAGGACUCCUAAACGUACUCUACAGCAUGGACAACCUGUCUUUAAAAUGGAGCUGGAAUACAGAAGGGAACGAGCUCAAGUCUUACCUGAACUUGUGCUUAGUGUUGGAGCCAUUCUUCGCUAUCAACUGGGUGAUGGGUGUUGUAGCCAUUGAAAACGCUGGUCACUGGUCUACGCCGACUAUUUAUUUGAUACUCGUUGUCGCUAUGUAUGUGUAUCUCUCGGCCACAUUAUGCACGACUCUACCUAUCGUUCGCAACAAAACGACGACACCGUGUUGCGAGGAAGUCGUCACUGAACAAACGUUGACUAGAACGAGGACAACUGACAGCAUCCCUUUACUGGACCCAGCGAUACAACAGCCUGUGGUGACCCCGGCACCUGCAGAUACUAUAAGCACUAUCAGCAUAUAAAGUUACGUUCAAGGGUUCAAAUUGAGUACUGCAAAGUCGGUUCGAGCGAUUUAAAAUCG